AUGGUCCCGGUGCCCAACGGCACGGCAGCGGCGUGGGCCAGCGAGGUGACACAGCCGGAGCUAGAGCGGUCACCCUGCAUGGUCGGCAUCUUCCCCAUCGUGUAUUACAGCGUCCUGCUGGGGCUGGGGCUGCCAGUGAACGUCCUGACUGCCGUGGCUCUGUCCCGCCUGGCCACGAGGACCAAGAAGUCAUCGUACUGGUACCUGCUGGCCGUGACCACCUCCGACAUCCUCACCCAGGUCUUCAUCAUGGGGGUCCCCUGCGUCACCAUAUACUUCUUGCCCUGCAGCAUCUCCCUGGCCACCAACUCUGUCAUCAUCUGCAAGCUGAAGCGACGUAGACGUUCCGGGGGCGGCCGACCCCGCCUGAGCAAGACCACAGCCCUCCUCCUAGCCGUCACCACCGUCUUCAUCGUGCUCUGGGCUCCCCGGACGAUCGUCAUGAUCUGCCACCUCUACGUGGCCUCAGUCAAGAGGGACUGGCGCAUGCACCUGGCUUUGGACAUUGCCAACAUGGUGGCCAUGCUCAACACCACCCUCAACUUCUUCCUCUACUGCUUUGUCAGCCAGACUUUCCGCCGCACGGUGGGUGAGGUGCUGCGGGCUCACACCCAGCACGGCCCCCGCUCCGGCAGCAGCCGCUUCCCGCCCCCAGCCCUGAAACCGCUGGUGCUGCGGGCUGGCCCUGCCCUCUGA